AUGAAGCAGAUGAAAAUCAUGUCAGUCGUCGAGCUUCACAGUUCAGAGCUGGAUAGCAAAUCAAAUUUUCUUGGGGAUCAAUAUUCGAAACAUACGACACGGCCCGAGUCAGACCUGGGUCUUUCGGUGGGCGUGGCUUUGUCGGCCGAAACAGAGGCCAAGAUGGGCCAUGCCAGCAGGCCGGCGUUUACGCCAGGAGACAAAAAGCUGAUGCAGAUGCAACAUCACAUGAACGCACUAUGCCUACUUUCCGCGAUGUAUGAACACGGCCAAGUGUGA